AGGGGGUGGUAAGGAAUCUUGCAAAUGAUAGUUCCCGCAAGGAGGUGGGUCGUGAAAUUGUAAAUGAUUACGCAAACCAUCACGGAGUACCUAGAUUUGGCUCCGAGUGUAAUACUGUGCAGCAAAAUUUCGUACUGCCAUCCCAAUGCCCGAGAGGGCACAUUCAUUGGUCGCCACUCGUCACCCUCAGCGAUCAAUCCAAUAAGCGCUCGCUAUCGAUGGUCGCUUGCCACUCGCGCGAUUUACCUCUUGACCACGACGACCGCCUCCGACUUCGCCGACUACUGCACCUCUUCCGUUUUCUAAGUUGCAUAGAGGUAAAGGAGGCUUCUCCUUAGCAAACCACAUCGGAACGCUCAUCGCCUUCGUCGCUGCAGAAUUUCCUAUGGCUCUUGGAUUCUUCAAAAAGCCUCGCAUCUCGGCCAAAAACACGAGCAAGCAGAUGCCGCCUGUCCAGCCAGUCGAUCACGAUCCUCCAGAAUGGGCCCGAAUAUACAUGGAGGCCAUCGCAGCCAAGGCGACGAGGAGUGUUGCAGACAAGGUCACGGUCACACUAUAUAAUCGCAAUCUCUCCAUAAAUCCACCAUCAUUGAUCAUGGCAUCUGAUUCAGCUCCCGCCACUGCCCUGGGAGAUGGCGUCGGAGGACCAGUUUGAGGGGAAGGGCAGCAGUGGAGAGUGUGAGAAUGCGGAGGAUGAGGGUUGGAUGGUAAGCAAACCUGACGACCCUGUUCGUACUCUGCCGUUCCUCAUCCCUCUUUCGCAGACUGGAGGCCCCCUCCUCCGCGCAUUCCAGUCGUCAGGGCACGGCACGCCGAUAGCUUCCGCAGCAGGAUCGAUGGUGUCGCUAGUGAGAAAGUCAAAUAAUGGGA